AUGGACAGUGUCUUGGACCCUUUCUCCGCACUCGACUCGUUCUCCUCCCCUCCUUAUUUCGACGAUGAUGAGUUUUUUACGGACCAGUCCUCCAGAGACGGACAUUUGGACACGGAUGACUUUCUGGACGAGGACGUCGACUUCCUGACCAGCCAUUUCCAAGACUAUUAUAGCAAGGAUAGCGGCAGCAGAGCGGCGCCCCACGAUGGGGACUACGACAUCGGCAACUUGUCGUUCUCCUCCUCGUCGUCCACCUUCUCGUACGGCUGCGCUGACAGCACGCCGGAACUCUCCCCUCAGAUGGGCGGUCACCACGGCGGCCCGUUACUGAAGCGGCGGAGGCGGAUGAGGUCCGAGAUGGAGAUGCAGCAGCUGAGGCAGGCGGCCAACGUCAGGGAGCGGCGCAGGAUGCAGUCCAUCAACGACGCUUUCGAAGGGCUCCGCUCCCACAUCCCCACCCUGCCCUACGAGAAGCGUCUCUCCAAGGUGGACACUUUGCGCCUGGCCAUCGGCUAUAUCAACUUCCUGGCCGAGCUGGUGCAGUCGGAUCUGCCCAUCAGGAAUUCCAACAGCGAGGCGCACACUCAGCCCAAGAAAGUCAUCAUCUGUCACAGAGGCACAAGGUCUCCCUCCCCAAGCGACCCGGACUACGGCCUGCCCCCCCUGGCGGGGCACUCUCUGUCCUGGUCGGAUGAAAAACAGCUCCGGGAGCAGAACAUCAUCCGCACCGCCAAGGUCUGGACGCCGGAGGACCCCCGCAAACUUCAUAGCAAGGCCGGCCUCACCGACAUUGAAAACGAGCCUCCCUUCAGCCUGGUGGCCUAG